UUAUCUCGACAAUCUUAAUGAAAAUAAAUUUGCAAUUGUGUAGAACUUCACAGAACCGAGGUACCUACACGGCUAACCGCCGUUAAACGCAGAUACAAGAGAGAGACUUGCAGUUGUUGGUGUUGUGGUUGUUGUUUUUGUCGAUUAUCUGCGAAACUCUAUUGUCUCAAACCGGUUGUGUUGAGUUUGAGAUUGAGAGAGGAAAGAUGACAGAGGUGUUGAUGUGUAUCGCCAGUGUCUCUGAGCUGAGUCCAGACGAGGAGAGGAUCUUGAUCAGAGACAUUGCUCUCGCUUCCCAAGCUAACAGCAAAGAAGGCGACACCUUCUUCUUAAUCACUCAGAGAUGGUGGCAACAUUGGAUUGAAUAUGUGAACCAAGACCAGACAAAUACUUCAUAUGAUGCAUCUUCCUUAUCAGAACAAUUUGAUUUGGCCAAUUCAAGUGCAUUAAAGAGGCCAGCUGGUAUUGAUAAUUCUGAUUUGAUAGACGAUGCUGUGUUAGAGGACUCUGGUACGGGUAUUGAGAUUCAUGAUACACUUUUAGAAGGCCGUGACUAUGUAUUACUUCCCCAAGAAGUUUGGAACCAAUUAUUUAGAUGGUAUGGUGGUGGACCUACAUUGGCAAGGAAAGUUAUUAGUUCAGGUCUUUCCCAGACUGAAUUGGCAGUAGAGGUUUAUCCUUUACGGCUUCAAUUACUUAUGUUGCCAAAAAAUGACCGUUUCCCUAUAAGAAUAAGCAAGAAGGAAACCAUUGGGCAGCUUCACAGAAAAGCUUGUGAAAUAUUUGAUCUUCAGCCAGACCAACUAUCUCUAUUGCAGGUGUGUAUUUGGGAUUACUAUGCCCGUCGAAGGCAUGCUUUGAUGAAUGACAUGGACAAAACUCUCGACGAUGCUAAUUUACAAAUGGACCAAGAUAUUCUUGUUGAGGUCAUCAAUAAUACAAACAACACAAGUUUUGCUCAAGAAAAUGGGUCUGCACAGAGGGAAGCAAAUUCCGCUCUUGUGGAGCCUUCAAAAUCAAGCUUAUCAAUUGCUGGUGGCUUAUCUGCUAGCAGAGGUGCAUCUAAAGGCUACAACACAGACCUUUCUUCAUCUCAGAACUUAAAUUCUCCGGUUAGAGAUGUGGAAAACCCUUAUGGAACUAGUGGUGUCACCACAAGAAGUUCAUUCCUUGGUCUCACUGGAUUGCUGAAUCUUGGCAAUACUUGUUACAUGAAUAGUGCAAUACAGUGCCUUGUUCAUACACCGGAAUUUGCUAGGUACUUCAGGGAAGACUAUCACCGAGAGAUAAAUUGGCAAAAUCCAUUGGGCAUGGUUGGUGAACUAGCCCUAGCAUUUGGUGAGUUGCUUCGAAAACUAUGGGCACCUGGGCGAACACCAAUUGCUCCUCGGCCUUUUAAAGCAAAGCUUGUUCGCUUUGCACCUCAGUUCAGUGGGCACAAUCAACAUGAUUCUCAGGAGCUUUUAGCAUUUCUUCUUGAUGGUCUUCAUGAAGACUUGAAUCGUGUAAAGCACAAACCAUAUAUAAAAUCUCGAGAUGCUGAUGGCCGACCUGAUGAAGAAGUGGCUGACGAAUAUUGGGCAAAUCAUAUUGCUCGUAAUGAUUCCAUAAUUGUUGAUGUAUGCCAGGGACAAUACAAGUCAACUUUGGUUUGUCCAGUUUGCAAUAAAGUCUCUGUCACAUUUGAUCCUUUUAUGUACCUUUCCCUGCCACUCCAGCCCACCACCAAUAGAACCAUGACAGUGACAGUUUUUGCUUGCGAUGGAGCCUCCCUUCCAUUUUCUUGUACAGUAACUGUCCCUAAGCAGGGACGAUGCAGAGAUCUCAUACAGGCACUUAGCAAUGCUUGCUCAUUGAAGCACAAUGAGAGGCUAGUACUUGUGGAGAUACGAAACCAUUUGAUCCAUAGAUAUUUUGAAGAUCCUCUUCAAUUGUUGUCUAAUAUCAAAGAUGAUGACCGUCUUGCUGCUUACAAGGUUCCAAAGAUAGACAAGAACACAAAGUAUCUCCAGUUGAUACAUCGCCAAAGAGAGCAGAGUAGUGACUCACACAUCAUAUCUGGAUGGAAACCAUAUGGAACACCUAUUGUUUCAUUGAUUUCAUGUGAUGAUACUGUCACAAGAGGUGAUAUACAAGUAAUAGUUAAUUGUAUGCUCUCUCCGCUGCUAAGGAAAGGUAUCAAUGUAGAACAAGCUACCACUUCUGAAACAAGCAUCCCAAAAGCAACAUCUGAUCAUUGCAGUUUUAAUUCUGAUGAUGAUGCAUGUGCCCCCAACAUGAUGUCAAAUUCAGUAAAUAAGGAUACUACCAAUUCAAAGGCACCCCCAAUGCCAUUGCCAACAUUACCUCUUCUCUUGGUAGAUGAUAACAAUGCUUGCAUUGAUCUUUCAAUGGGAGAGGAGAAAGUAGUUAAACUGUCUCCAUUGUCACCAAAGAUUUUAGUGUAUAUUGAUUGGUCUCAGAAGCUUCUGGAGAAGUAUGAUACUCAUACACUUGAGACUUUGCCUGAAGUUUUAAAAUAUGGACCUGUAACCAAGAAAGCUCGUACUGAACCUCUCUCCUUGUACACCUGCUUGGAAGCUUUUCUGCGUGAAGAACCUCUGGUGCCCGAAGAUAUGUGGUACUGUCCUAAAUGCAAAGAGAGACGACAAGCAAGCAAGAAGCUUGAUUUGUGGAGACUCCCAGAGGUUUUGGUCAUUCAUUUGAAGAGGUUCUCAUACAGCAGGUCAAUGAAGCAUAAACUGGAGACUUUUGUUAACUUUCCCAUUCAUGAUUUUGAUUUAACUAAUUACAUAGCCAACAAAAACAACUCUCGGCGUCAACUGUACGAACUGUAUGCCCUUACAAAUCAUUAUGGCAGUAUGGGUAGCGGACAUUACACUGCACAUAUUAAGCUUUUAGAUGAGAACAGGUGGUACAAUUUUGAUGACAGCCACAUAUCACUCAUAAGUGAAGAUGAGGUUAACACUGCUGCUGCCUAUGUACUAUUUUACCGCAGGGUGAAGACUGACGAUGCCGCUGUUAGCAAUGGGGCUUAGGCUUUCAUUUUGGCAGUUUUAUGUAUAAAGUAAAUGUCAAGAACGUACCUGGUUAUUCCAUAAAAUUUUAGAAAAAGGUAGGUGAACAAUUUCAAAUGCAUGCCUUAAUUUAGGGUUUUUUUUUUUUUUUUUUUUUUUACUGUAUGGAAAGGCACAAGCCUGUUGAUGCCAGAGUGUAGUCAAUGAAAAGGUAGGUGGAAAGUUGAAUUUGACACCCUUUUGGUUUCAGUAACAAGUAGUGACUGAUUUGUUUAAGCUGUUUACCUGUUCAAAAUACUUGUAGCUGUUAGUAAACCUAAAAUUGCUCAUAAUGCUGGGCUGUUUAAGCAUUCUAGCAAGUAGCAACUUUGCAUCA